AUGAAUCCAUCCUUCAUAAAUCUUUGCAUUCAUUCUCUGAAUUCGUUUACCUUAAUUCAAUUCAAGCAAUGACAUUAAUCUGCUUGGUCGCCAUUGCAAUGACGUCGCUCUUGUUCUCGCCGACUUCAGUCUCUGCUCAUUUCUUCCCCAGUAUCGCGUCGACACCUUCGGGGUUAAACGAUAUAACUGGCCCAUGGGACUCCUUCCGAAAUCUCUCCGGCUUCCACGCCGGCGAUAAAUCCGACGGCUUGCCCAAGCUCAAGCACUACUUGCAACACUUUGGUUACCUCAGCAACUCCAAGUCCAACCACACCGAGGACUUCGACGACUCUCUCAAAGCCGCCAUCGAGACCUACCAGAAAAACUUCAACCUCAAUGUCAGUGGCGAGCUCGACCCACAGACCGUCCAUCAGAUCAUGCGGUCUAGAUGCGGCGUUCCUGAUAUCAUCAAUGGCUCUACGACAAUGAAUGCAGGGAAAGCUACGCCGUCCUAUAACGGCACAAACUUCCACUCCGUCUCUCACUAUAGCUUCGUUUCGGGCAUGCCGCGGUGGCCGAACAACAAGUGGGACCUGACCUACGCUUUCCGGCCAGAAAACCAGCUCUCAAACGACGUCAAGAGCGUGUUCUCCCUCGCCUUCGACCGGUGGUCCUCGGUGACGGUGAUAACGUUCUCGCAGACGGAGUCGUUCUAUGACUCGGACAUCCAGACCGGGUUCUUUGUGGGUGACCACGGGGACGAUUCGCCGUUCGACGGUUUGCAGGGGCGCCUGGCCCACGCGAACCCGCCGACUAGUGGAAAGCUUCACGUGGACGAUGACGAGCACUGGGUGGUCUCGGGUGACGUCACCGCUGCCUCUUCUGCGUUUGCAGUCGACCUCGAGUCUGUGGCCGUGCACGAGAUUGGGCAUCUUCUAGGUCUGGGCCAUUCCUCGGAAAUUGACGCGAUCAUGUACCCGUCACACCCUGUUCGGACGAGGAAGGUGGAGCUUACCAAGGAUGAUAUAUCGGGAAUUCAAGAGCUAUACGGAGCAAACCCCACUUACAACGGUUCGUCAUCUACUACUCCACCAGCUCAGAACGUGGGAGAAACCAGUUCUAGUUCAGCCCAGAAAUCGGGUUCUCCCUGGAGCCUGAAGUUCAACUUCGGACUUGGAUUAUUAUUGUUGCGCAUGCUUUUGUAG